GGCGGACGGGGCUGCUCCCGGUGCCCGGUGCUCGCUGUGCCCCGGCUCAUGUCCCGGCCUCCGGUGCCGCCGGGCUCCCCGCGCCUUUUUGGGGCGCUCAGCACCUCGCAGCUUCGGGCCCUGCUGCAGGACGAGUCCCGGCUGCAGCGAGCCGCCCGCCUCAGCAGGAAGUUCCAGAGCCUGCAGCUGGAGCGGGAGAUGUGUUUGGCUUCAAACUGCAGCCUGGCCAGGGGGAACCUGUCCCUGCGCCCGCGCCUGGAGGACGGGAAGGCUGCCCUGGCCAUCAAGUACCAGGAGCUGCGGGAGCUCCGGGAGGCCUGUUGGGACAAGCAGCAGCGCCUGGAGACGUACCAGGAGCAGUGGAGCCCACAGAAUGUCCUGGGCCAGCUCCAAGCCAAACUCGAUGCUGCUGAGGCAGAGUCAGAGGCACAGAUAGAGCGGUUCCUGGCCCAGGACCUGCCCCUUGACUCCUUCCUGGAGGCCUUUUGCCAGAGCCGCACGCGCUCCCACGUCUGCCAGACGCAGAUGAAGAAGCUGCAGGAGCUGCUGCAGAAGGCCCAGCUGGGCAGGGACCCCCCAGCGCCCCCGGGCUGCCCAGCGAGCCCAGCACGGGCCCGCCUCGCCCCGCUGGGCGCUGCCGCCGCCCCCAAAGCCUUCGAUCUCUCCUACGGCCUCGUGCCGGCCUUCCUCAUCCCCUCCGAGGCCGUCGUGCCCUUCGCCGUGCCGGCUGCGCCCCCCAGACACCACCUCCCGGCCCUGGAGCACCAACCGGCGUGUCCUGGCUCCGAAAUGCCCAGCCCAGGCUCUCCCCGGCGCCCCAAGGGGCGCAGCCCCCAGCCCUGCCGCAGGCUCCAGCGCCCGCGGCACCAGCAGCAGGAGCCUCCGCACCGGUAACGGCAGCGACCGGCUGGGGGGCACCGGCAGGGGUGGGCGCAGGUCCCCGGUGCCUCCUGGGCAGGAGGAGGGCUGGGUGCUCACAGGAGGAGGGUGCUGUGGUGGGGCA